AAUGACGAACGUUAGAAAAAAGUUGCGCAGUUCAGUCAAAUUUUGACAGGUUAAUUAUUUCGAUUAAUCAAUCAAUCGAUUAAUUAAUUAAUUAAUUAUUAAAAUGAAACUAAUUACAUUAAGUGGUUGCUGCUGUCUAGAUUUAAAAACUGGGACAUUAUGUAUCGGCGUCGUAUUUAUGAUUGGACAAAUAGUAUCGAUGUUACAAAGUUUUAUAAGACAUCUUAAUUUUAAAUGCGCGGCCGAUAUUGAUCCACAUGCUUGCAAACGUACGUCAUCUAUUGAAAUGGCAAUUACGAUAAUUGGUAACUUAUUGUUUUUUACUGUCACUGCAUUAAUGAUUUGUGGAUCUAAUAAGAAAAAACAGAAACUGUUGAUACCGUAUUUAGUGUUCAGAGGCACUGCUAUUGUUAUCAUUUUUUUUGCAGUAUGGUAUCUUGGAAUAAAAUUAUUAUUUACGACAAUCGCAUGGGGAGUAAUAACUUUAUUAUUUGGAAACGCGUUUAUAUGUUUAGAAUUAUAUUUCUGGCUUGUUGUCAACAGUCGCAGACAAGAACUUAUAGAUGAAGAAGAAUAAAAAAAAAAUAAUAAAAAAUUAUUUUGUUAAAUUUUUUCUGUCCAAUAAAAAUUCUUUAAAAAUUUUCAUUAUUUCAA